AGGGUCAUCCAUAUUUAUAUCCUAUAAUGUGUGGGGUUAAAUAUUGUGGUUCGCAGCUUGACUUCCAGACAAUCGAGUCUGAAUAGACUGGGUUACUUGAGAGUCAGGUACAGUAGGCCUACAUGCAAUAUUGACAUUUCUCCUAUCACACCACUACGUCAUCCAGAAAAGGCUGAUAGGGUAUAUAUUUGUGAAGUCGCGCGUGAUUCCUGUCAGUGGUGACCUGUGCAACAGACAGGUGUGAAUUGGCAUCCACUCAGAUUCCGAAUAUUCACAUUUUACAGGUGAGGUGUUUUAUGCACUUUACAAUCAGGUCAGUGCAUUUUGGGGAUGAAGUUCCUCAUAUAACAGUUUAUUCUCUUGUUUAUCAAAGGAACAUCAGCGCUGUAUAUUAUACAGGAAUUAUCUUGUUGUUUCAUUUGAUACGGCUCUGAAGAACCAAUUGACAUGUGUGGAACGAAUGUGGACCUGUCAAACGAUGGGAGCGGGUGUGUCAAUCAGCUUGGUGGGGUGUUUCUGAACGGGAGGCCGCUUCCAGCAUAUAAAAGGAGGAAGAUGAUCGAACUGGCAUCGGAAGGUGUGCGCCCAUGCGAGAUCUCCAGAAUCCUGCAGGUGUCAAAUGGCUGCGUCAGCAAGAUUUUGAGCAGGUACCACAAAACCGGCCUCCUGGACCCGAAGGCGACCGGAGGUAGUAGACCUCGACUCCUCACCCCCGAAGUCAUCUCGAAAAUAAUCGAAUGCAAGACGAAAAACCCAACAAUAUUCGCCUGGGAAAUCAGAAAGAAGCUCGCGGCCGAAAGAAUCUGUAAAUCGGCCAAAGUUCCCAGUGUAUCCUCUGUAAACAGAAUUCUCAGGAAAAUUCAACUCGACUCUGCGAUGUUGAGUGUGGAGAUUUCUGCGCACCACCCCAGAUACCCAGGUCUUCUAGUGGAGACCCCAACGCAGUCAGUAGUGAAGGAGAGGGAGGAGAUGGAGACAGUUGAGGUGAACGAUCUCCAGCCUCCCCGGCCCCAGCAUCGCAACCGCACCACCUUCACCCUGGGGCAGUGCAGAGUGUUAGAGCAAGAAUUCACACAGAGCCACUAUGCAGACAUGUUCACCAGGGAAAAACUGGCAUCUGAGAUCCAACUUCCAGAGGACACCAUCAAGGUGUGGUUCUCAAACAGAAGAGCAAAAUGGAGGAGGGAAGCCAAGUAUAAGAGCAGUGUCCACGGAGCACAUACUUCAUUUCUGAUCAACCAAAAGAACAAAGAUUUCCCUUCAGUGAAUUCGAUGACAACAACCAACUCAAUGACUCAACAGACUCACUGGGGUCAGAGGGAGAGUUUGGGAGUACAGUUUGACACUUCAUGCUCAGAAAUCUCCCAGAGAUAUGGUCCAGCUACUACAAUAGAGAGAGGUAUAGGAGGAACAGAAGUGUUGGGCUAUAGAGGCAUCUCCAUUCCGCUUCCAUCCUCAGCAUCUCAAUACUCAGGCAGCAACACGUUCCCAUUGGUCCAUCCCCAGGACGAGAGGACUCCAUCGGCUCACCAUGCAGAGAGAUUCAUUUUCCCAUUGGCUCAUCAUUACACAGACGUGAGGACAGUCUUCCCAUUGGCUCAUCAGACUGAGAGGAUGGGACAUUCACUGAACUAUCAUUGGGAUGAUGGGUCAGAUUUCCAAUUUGUUCAUCACCAAACAGAUGAAAGGAUUCUAUUGGCUCAUCACAGGGAGAGGACUGGUGGUCCAUCGCUUAUAUGACAGAAUGUCUCUCCCCUUUUCUCGCAUCAGUGAAUGUCAGAGCCAAACAUUCAACACACACACACACACACACACACACACACACACACACACACACACACACACACACACACACACACACACACACACACACACACACACACACACACACACACACACACACACACACACACACACCUCUAAGGCUCUGCUGAUUACUCCUGGGCAGGGUAUGCAAUAGAGUGGGUACAGAGACAUUCCAAUGGUGACCUAAUGUGUUUAAAAUUAAAUUUCUACAGGCUAUUGCAACAUAUCUCAGUGAAAUGUAUGACUUUUUCUGUUUUGAAAAGUAUUUUCAGUAAUAAAAAGCGAGUUUGUAAUAGUUGUUAUUAGUCCAUU